CAUUGGGCCCCGAGACGAUGUCUCAGUAGUUCUCUAGUCAUCAAGUUCUUGCAUUACUCUAAAACUAUCACUAUCAGUUAUAUAUUCGUGCCUGAUUAUAUAUUGGGAGAGAUCAAGUAGAAACUGCAAUUAAAAUCUCCUCUUCAUCGUCACGAUGAAGAGAGAAAUUCUUUGUCUCCUAAUUUGUCUCGGCAUUGCGAGUGCAUUGACGAGGAAACAACAAUCUGCGGAACAAAAUCGUCGAAGAGUGUCUACGCAAGUUUAUAAAAAACCAGAACCCGUUCGCGAUGAGGAGGAUGAUAAUAAUAAUGACGAUGAACUUACGGAUGAAUGUCCCGAGCCAAAUGGCUAUUUUCCAGACGCCGAACAAUGUGAUAAAUAUUACGAUUGUCGAGAUGGAAAAUACACUGAGAAACUAUGUCCCGAUGGUUUAGUAUUCAAUGAUUUUAGUCCCCAGCAGGAAAAAUGUGACUUGCCAUUUGGUAUUGAUUGCUCGAAGAGGCCAAAACUACAAACACCACAUCCAAGUCUCCACUGUCCUCGAAUGCACGGCUACUUUGCCCACGAGGACGUCAGGAAUUGCGACACAUUUUAUUAUUGUGUUGAGGGUAAAUUUAAUAUGAUCACGUGUCCCGACGGUUUGGUGUUCUCGGAGAAAACUGGAAUUUGCAAUUGGCCGGAUGAGGCGCAAAAAAAAGGUUGUGGCUCACGUGAACUUUUCAAUUUCACAUGUCCAAAAGUUGAUGAAUCUGUGGCAGCGACGCAUCCACGUUAUCCCGAUAGUGAGGACUGUCAAUAUUUUUAUGUUUGCGUGAAUGGGGAAAUUCCACGACGCAGUGGCUGUAAACUUGGACAGGCUUUUGAUGAGGCAACAGGGAAAUGUGAUUGGGCGAGAAAAAUUCCCGAAUGCAAAGACUGGUACAAAGGACAAUUGACUGAUGAACAAUUGGAUGCAUUGGAAAAUCCAAAACCAAAAACAAAGCCCACUGGUGGUCCCAGCAGAAGAAGAGGGGGAAAACCUAAGGCCUCUUAGAAAUUUAGUUUAUAAUUCUGUAUUAUUUUUAAGACAUUUUUUGUAUUUGUAAUAAAAAAAAAUUAUUCUACAAAAA